UUGUCAAAAUGCCCUGACAGAAUGAAGAUCAUAUAUUAAAAUACCAUUGUGCUAAUGCUAGAGUGACUCAGCUUGAAUAGAUGACUUCCAAUUCAAACUCUACUAUCUGUACUGAGGACAGCGCCAGCUUCGUUAUCAUCUGGCUGUCAAGGAAUGGAUGCAGAAGGAGACGACGUUAUCAGUUUUUCAUCUAAAGGAACCACAGUUAGUGGAUGGGGUCGAAGAAAAAUGGAUGAAAAUGAUAAAAGAACAGCAGUAUGGCGACAACUUUAUUUAAGCAGAGCUAAACUUAAAGCUGUCAGCCGGACUUCUGCUCUCAUUGCUGGAUUUGCAAUGAUAGCCAUGGUGGAAGUAUCUCUUGAAACAAAUGUGAUAUAUCCAAAAUGGUUGCUUGUUACAUUUUCAACAGUUACAACUUGUCUUGUGUCUGUACAUUUAUUUGCACUGAUGAUAUCAACAUGUCUUCUUCCUAAUAUUGAAGCUAUAUCGAACAUUCAUAAUUUAAAUGCCGCAAAACAUUCUCCUCAUGUUAAAAUGAGAACGUAUAUUGAAACAUCGUGGAUAUUAUCAACAGGUGUUGGGCUUGUUUUAUUUUUGAUUGAAAUUGCAUUGUUAAUAUGGUUAAAAUUUCAUGGAUUGAGAGGAAAACCAACAAGUCAAUCUUCUGUUACCAAUGGGACAUCAACAACUGAUUGCUAUGGAGAUAAUUGUGACAACGCACUCUGGGCUUCUUGGUCAGCUACAAUAGUUCUUGUUCCAGUUAUAUUGUUGUUCGCUGGGUUUGCUUUCCAUUUUUAUCGAGCUUUGGCACAGCAUAAGUAUGGAGUCUUCACUUCAUAUAUGAGAGAACUCAAUGACUUGGAACUAAGACAAGACGACAUCAGUGGCCAGAUGCGACAAGCCAGUAUGCUCGAGGGAGGACUUUAUGCUCAUCAAGACCUAUCCAGGAUGCAUUCAGCAGCUUCAGGAACUGCAGUACAAUAUCGUCCAAACAGCCAGUCAAACGCUAUAGAUCGUUUAAAAGUCGAUUCAUUUAUGCUUGAACAUGAAAGCACAAACAGUGGCCGAACCACACCUAGUAUGGAUGUGGGACAUUAAAUGAUAACACUGUGUGGCAUUUACUGAUGCAGCUCAUACUGGUUAUGGCGAUAUAUGUUCCCAAUUAUUGCAAAUUUGGUUUUCAAACAACCAUAAUAACCAGAGGCAGAGUAAGCUCUGGGCAUAUUUACCAUCUGUAAGAGCUUGGUAAAACCGUGGCACAAAUAAAACGAGGUAAUGUUUAUACAAAAACUUACUAAUCUCUGUCAUUUCGAAGAUAUUGAAAAGUAUCCGAAGUGUUGUAUCAAUAAAAAAGUUCAUGUUCCUUAAGAACGAUAACCUGAAACUAUGGUAAUGUGAAGUUAUGAUCACGUUUCGCAUGGUAUUGUUUUGUUUAUGCCACUUUAAUUAUCCCACACAGGAUGGGUUUUAACUCAUUCUGACCUAGUAUUAAUAAUUGAUGUUCUUCUAAUGAUACUUGAGAUGUUUUGCAAUUAACAUGCUGCUGCAAUGUGCAGUCUCGUAACACCUGAUGUCUUCACUACAAUGCUGCCUCCUUUUUUGUGGAACACAUUCAUUGCUCUUCCGUAAUAAUUUCUAUUGUUGUCUGAUUUGACACUAACCUGUGCAAUACUUACUGCCUAGUUUUUAAAGAUAAAUUAGUUUUUGGAAAAUAAAUUGCGCAGAUCAAGUUUUAAUAAAUGACUAUAAAGAUCUCCUUCAGA